AUGUUGGAUGCUAACAGCUCUGGUAGCCUGCCGCUGGCUGCCAAAGUUUCCUUGGCAUUUUUCAUGUCUCUCCUUGCUUUUGCUAUAAUGCUGGGCAAUGCUGUGGUGAUUUUAGCCUUUGUGGUGGACAAAAAUCUUAGACAUCGAAGUAAUUAUUUUUUUCUUAAUUUGGCUAUUUCAGACUUCUUCGUGGGUAUGAUCUCCAUCCCUCUGUACAUCCCUCACUUGUUGUUUAACUGGAAUUUUGGAAGUGAAAUCUGCAUAUUUUGGCUCAUUGUUGACUAUCUUCUGUGUACAGCAUCUGUCUACAAUAUUGUCCUCAUUAGCUACGAUCGAUACCAGUCAGUUUCGAACGCUGUGUCUUACAGAGCUCAGCACACUGGUAUUGUGAAGAUUGUCGCUCUGAUGGUGGCUGUUUGGAUACUGGCUUUCUUGGUAAAUGGCCCGAUGAUUCUGGCUUCCCAUUCUUGGAAGAACAGCACUAACACACAGGAAUGUGAGCCCGGCUUUGUCACAGAGUGGUACAUCCUUGCCGUUACGUCGUUCUUGGAAUUCCUGCUCCCUGUCGUCUCAGUGGCCUAUUUCAAUGUACAAAUUUACUGGAGCCUGUGGAAGCGUGGGAGUCUCAGCAGGUGCCCCAGCCACGUGGGGUUCAUCUCCACCUCCUCCAGUGACUCUGGACCCUUACCCAGAGCUGGGUUGGUUUCCAGAACAUCUCUUCCUGCAUUGAAGGAAUCAGCCCCACCCCUUCACUCAGAAAGUCCUAGAAGAAAGAGCAGUCUCCUGGGGUCCUUAAGAACUCACGUGAACAGCAGAGUCAUUGCCUUCAAAGUGGGUUCCUUCUCCCACUCUGAAACCCUGGCUCUUCACCACAGGGAGCACAUGGAACUGCUCAGGGGCAGGAGACUAGCCAGGUCGCUGGCCAUCCUGCUAACUGUGUUUGCCAUUUGCUGGGCUCCGUAUUGUCUGUUCACAAUUGUUCUUUCAACUUAUCCCAAAGGGAAGCGCCCCAAAUCAGUUUGGUACAGCAUUGCCUUUUGGCUACAGUGGUUCAAUUCUUUUGUUAAUCCAUUUUUAUACCCCUUAUGUCACAGACAUUUCCAGAAAGCUUUCUGGAAAAUAUUUUGUGUGAAAAAGCAACCCACACCAUCACAGAACCGGUCCAUAUCCUCAUGA